CUUUGUGAAAAAGCCAAUUGAAUCCAAUCCUCACCAGCGUGAUAGCCGCAUACAUGGCGGCGUGCGGGAUUAUUUGGUUUCGCUUACUUGUUGUGGGACGUCGAUGCCUGCAUCACAUCCCGCCUUCGUUGCCGGCAAAACGCCUACUGAACUCGGUGACAAUCAGUGGUUUGCAGCGGUGCUUCGAGCAUGAAGCGCGCUUGACCAGUCGUCGCUUGAGAAUCGCACCGCUGUGCACUCGAGCGUUGACGCAGAAGGCGAGUCACGAUUUGUGUUCACUGCUGAACUUCGACAGUGAUUCUGAGUACUUGGCAUGGCGGCACGAUCACAAGGAUCUUCUCCUCGGUGUGUCGGACGACCGGCUGGCCAGUGCGUGCCGCUGGCUGCUCGACAAGAACGUAGAGCUCAGGGCGCUCAGGUGGUACCCCGCCAUCCUGAAGGUCUCCGUCGUCACCUUGCAACGUCGCAUGGCCGUUGUUCAAAAAGAGGAAAAAAGCGCCGAGUUGAGCUCUGAAGCUGUGCUGACGCUGCUGUCCUGUCCAGAAUCUCUUCUUUCGACUGUCUCGGACAACGGGGGAGUGUGCCCCACCUUGAAGGCACGAGUGAACCUGCUGCGCCAAGAACUGGGCCUGUCCAAGCGUGAAAGCUUGGCAAUGAUAAGCCGGGUGCCGUGCUUGCUGAGCCAUGAGCUUGAGCUUGCCCAGCGCAAGCUGGCCAUUCUCAAGCAGAGUGGCAUUCCCAAAGAAGCUUUGCUCAAGGACCCGUGGGUGUUCCGUUACAGCGAGGCGCUGAUAGCCCAGCGCGUGGCGCUUUGUCAGAAGCAGGGCAUUCCGAUUCGCACGUGGCUACUGCGUUGCCCCGACAGCGUUCUUCAGCGUCACUUGCAGCUGUGCCGAGCGUCCAGGAGGGCGCUCGGCACGCACCCGGACACACCCGACUAUCUCGCUGAGAGGCUGGACUGCACGAGCCUGGAAGAACUGGUGCGACGCCACCCACGUCUGCUCAGCAUACGGCCUCCCAAGCUAAAAGAGGUGCUGGAUCUUCUGUUCCAGAGCGGUUACACCGCUGAGCAGGUGCGCCAGUAUCCGCGCGUGCUGAGUGCUAGUGCGAGCAGGUUGCGCUUGCGCCUGCAGAGGAUAGCAGCACGCGAGGCGCCACUGCCAUCUCUCUAUGCUCUCCUGCUGCCCGAAAAGGUUUUUGAGCGCUGCUGUGGAAGAUUUUUCGACGGCUACCCUCGCAAGAGUGCCCAGUCACGACCACCUGAAUGCCAAAUGGAAGAAUAAACAUUGAAAUUUCUCUUGA